AUGAGGGAGCCAAUCGAGUGCAAUAUCCCCCCUAAUCCACCGAUCAGCGUUCCAGGCACUCAAGUAGAUUUAGUCGACCAAGAUCGGCCCAACACUGUUUCCCAAAAUCUCUUCUUAUAUCGGCUCUCGAAUGUAUGGCAUACUGUAAAAGCUUUGAAAGCCGACAGACCUCUUCUAAAAGAUUAUACUGUCACUCAGCGGCUUCAUAACGAGGUGAACAAUAUCAUGGACCUGCUACCACCGACACUUCGAUAUGAGAACCCGGACAAAUCAUGGGACGACGAAUAUCCAUAUCUAAAUCAACAGCGAGAAGACAUCCUCACCAAGGCCAACCUAAUACUGAUGGCAUUACACCGCCCGCACAUGGAGCACCACGUCGAGAGCCACCGCGCGGCGCUGCAAGCUGCGAUCGUGACACUGGAAUCUCAGAAUCGAUCAUUUAUGGGGAUUGGGCUGCACCAAUACAAGCUUUUCGGGCUGUCAUUCUACACCAUCGACGCAUCACUAUUACUUUCAAUCGUGGCGGCUAAACAUCUACCACGUGAAAAUGACGAAUUCAUGGCUAGGAUUGACUACAUAUUACAGCAAGUGAUGAACAGGCUGAGUGUUAUGUAUUCAUACAGUCCAAUUGCACGCUCCGGUCUCGCUAUCGUUCGACAGUGCUACGCUGUCCUCAAGAAGCGUUGGCAGCGCAUUCCUGCGAUAUUGAAUGCAUCAACAGGCAUGGCCAUCGAACUAGAAAACGCCAGACAAAGGCUGGGCGCCGAUGUGGCAACAGACAGUUUGUCCGAACGGCGGCAGCUGCCACCUUCUCGUCCAACAUCAGGUGAGACGAUCUCUUCGCAAAGUGUUUGGACCUUUGACGCGGGGACCAUGGAUGCAGAAUUCAUGCCGAAGGCUGCCAUCAACCCAUCUCUAUGUUUCGGUCCAUCGACCACCUACUUUGACGAGACAUACUGGAUGAAUCUAAUCAAUCAGACACCCGACGUGCCAUGUUUCGAUUUGGGAGCAGCUGACGAGAUGGGCGAAAUAUUUGACGCAGCCGACAUAGCGCACGAUACUGUUCGGAAUCAAACCCGUGUCCUUUACCCCAUUCAAUUCCCUCCACCCGUGUCCUUGGCCGAAAUUGAAGAAGCCAUGGGAGAAGAUGGUCCUGAUAAAGGAGGCCAAUACAGGAUGGGAACGCUCCUUCUUUCACUAGCAAGACUAUUGAUACAACCAUUGCUUUUCGGUCUCUCAAGAUAA